AUGCAAUCCAGAGUGGAAACGAUGAUUGAGCUGUUCCCUAAUAAUAAUGACAUGCAAGACGACGAUGAUGAUCAUCUUGGAAUUAAUAGAAUGUAUUCUUCUUUUGAACAUUUCACUUCAGAAACAGGAAAAAAUUAUUUAUUUGUAAUUUGUAAUGGAUUUAAAACUGCUCAUGUUUGGGAGGUUGAAACAAAUUCCUGCAUUUGCACUUUAACCACCGAUGAAGAUGCAUUGUUUAUUCAUGCGUGUCCAGUCAUUUCAUUUAACAAGUUUUUAAUUUUUCAAUCUGAUGGGUCUGUUCUGCUCUUAACCGUGGAGAGUGAAACCCAUUCACUAGACCCUGUUCAUAUUGAUCAUAAUUGUAAGGACCAUCUUUGUGAAGAAGUGUGCAACAACAUGAAUGAUACUAUUGUUACUCGACAAAUAAUGUUCCAAGAUGACCAUGUAUUACUUGCCAUCAAAACGCCUCCCUUACUAAUGUUAUGUUCGCUGUAUUUUAGAGAAGAAAAUAUUCAAUUGAAUUAUUUAUCUCAUGUAGACAUGGAUAGCAGCCAGCUCAGUAACUUUGAUUUGCUAGGAAACAAGGACGACGACAUUCUGAUCGUUGUGCCAAUGGAUAAGGACUUGUCGAUCAUUCGAGUACAGCGAGAACCAACAAAGACACAACUCCAAAUGGCAAACUCUAUCAAGCUUAUUAGAAAAGGUUCCUCAAUAGAUAAUUGUUUAUUGUUCAACGGAGGUGAUAUCAUUGUUGCCUCAAGCAGUACAGACUCUUCAAUAUUGAGAUUUGAAAUGAAUUAA